ACGGAGAGUGAAAGUGGCAGAGCUGAGGGGAGAGCCCGCACACAGGGGAACUGUGGGAACUAAAGUACAGACGGCCGCUGCUCAGUGACAGCAGUUAAACUGAUGCGUAACAGACGUUUUGAUCAAAAGGCAGACCACUGUGUGUAUCCGGUCUGGCAUCUUAGACACACCAUCAGGGUCUUUGCACUUCUGAAAUUCAAAAAAAUCAAGUUGAUUUGUUUGUGAAUGUGAAGAUUGCAAGCAGGUUUAGGAAUUUCCUAAUGCUUUCACAGCAUUCAGUCUCCAAAGUAUGACAGUAGAACAGUGACUCAAGUUGCAGGAAAAACAUUUUAUUUGGAAGAUAAAUCCCUGUUAUUUGAAACUCAUUUUCGGAGACUUUUGGCCUUCGCUGGUAUGGCAAAGAUGUCAGGUCACUAGAAGUGUGAAAAGAGAAUUUGUGGCUUUCCGGCCUGAGGAACUGACAGAGCUGGCUCUUGGACUAUCACACAAAGGAGGAACAGAGAGUGGAGUCUUAUUGUAAAGGAGACCACACUUUUAUUACAGAACUCUCCGGCACAAGGGAUGGGUUGGUUGGAAGAAAGAAAUUGGCAGCUUCACGUUUCCUUGAUUAUGUUGCUAUCCCUGCAUACAAGAGCAAAUCUGCUUGAUAACAUGCUGCUGAGGAGUUCUGCAAAGCUGAAUGUGGACAGCAGGAAGGAAGACACAGAAAGCACAGCUCCCGCUCCACCACCGAAGAUGCUGUCAUGUUACUGCCACCACCACUGUCCAGAAGACUCUUUCAAUAACACCUGCUGGACUGAUGGGUAUUGCUUUACAAUUGUUGAAGAAGAUGAAUCUGGCCUUCCCGUGGUCACCUCUGGCUGCUUGGGAUUAGAGGGAUCCGACUUCCAAUGUAGGGACACACCAAUACCCCAUCAACGAAGAUCAAUUGAAUGUUGCACUGAUGAAGACUUCUGUAACAGAGAUCUCCAUCCUACUUUACCUCCUCUUAAAAAAACAAACUUUGUUGAUGGGAGUAUUCACUACAUGGCGUUGCUUAUUUCUGUGACGGUGUGCAGCAUCAUCCUGGCCAUUAUUCUCAUAUUCUGUUAUUUCAGGUAUAAGCGCCAGGAAGCCAGACCCCGUUACAGCAUUGGAAUUGAACAGGAUGAGACAUACAUUCCUCCUGGAGAAUUACUGAAGGAUCUCAUUGAACAGUCACAAAGCUCAGGAAGUGGCUCGGGGCUCCCUCUGCUGGUCCAAAGGACAAUAGCAAAGCAAAUACAGAUGGUGAAACAAAUUGGUAAAGGACGCUAUGGGGAGGUCUGGAUGGGUAAAUGGCGUGGAGAGAAGGUGGCUGUGAAAGUAUUCUUCACAACAGAAGAAGCGAGUUGGUUUCGAGAGACAGAAAUCUACCAGACUGUGCUUAUGCGACAUGAAAACAUAUUGGGUUUUAUUGCAGCUGAUAUCAAAGGGACAGGGUCAUGGACUCAACUCUAUUUGAUUACGGACUAUCAUGAAAAUGGCUCUCUGUAUGAUUACCUGAAAUCUACCACCCUGGAUACAAAGGCAAUGCUAAAACUAGCUUAUUCGACAGUUAGCGGCCUCUGCCACCUACACACUGAAAUAUUUGGAACAAAAGGAAAACCAGCUAUUGCCCAUCGGGAUCUUAAAAGUAAAAAUAUACUGGUGAAGAAAAACGGAACAUGCUGUAUUGCAGACCUGGGACUGGCAGUAAAAUUCAUUAGUGACACCAAUGAAGUGGACAUACCACCAAACACCAGAGUUGGCACAAAGCGGUAUAUGCCUCCAGAGGUGCUUGAUGAGAGCCUAAACAGAAAUCACUUCCAGUCCUAUAUCAUGGCAGAUAUGUAUAGCUUUGGGCUUAUCCUUUGGGAAGUAGCCAGAAGAUGCAUAUCAGGAGGUAUACUAGAGGAAUACCAACUGCCUUACCAUGAUUUGGUACCUAGCGACCCAUCUUAUGAAGACAUGAGAGACAUUGUCUGUAUUAGGAGGUUACGACCUUCAUUUCCAAACAGAUGGAGCAGUGAUGAGUGUCUGAGACAGAUGGGAAAGCUCAUGACAGAGUGUUGGGCUCACAAUCCAGCCUCUCGUCUCACAGCUCUACGAGUAAAGAAGACCUUAGCCAAAAUGUCAGAGACUCAAGAUAUCAAGCUUUGAUUUAGCAAAUAACUAUUUUAAUGUAAGCUGUCGGAAAUGGACUUUAUUUUUGUGACUGAAAAUCCUGAGGAGAAAUGAAACUUUUCUACAUUGAACAUCUGUGUUUACCUUGAAUACCAUGAACUGAGAGCAUACAUGUGUAGACAACUAGAUCAUCAGGACUUGUUGGAUAAAAUUCCAAAGGCUCUGUUACUCAGAUGGUGUACAUGUGGAACAUAGUUUCAAUGACUAGAUACGAAAUUUAGCAUGUGCUGCUUUCUGUGAAAGACGUUUUUAAUGUUUUAAAAAGAAGACCGUAUUUCUUCAUUCUUGUACAGGUAUGGAACCUGUUAUCCAGAAUGCUCGGGACCUGAGGUUUUCCGGAUAAUGGAUCUUUCUGUAAUUUGGAUCUUCAUAC